AUUUUCAUACGCCUCCACUUGAAUGCGCUGCGGCUCUUGGAAUGCAAAGUCGACAUUUGCCUGACAAUAGAAUCAGUGCCUCGUCAAUAUGGGACGUAAACCACAAUGCAGCUAGGGCUAGGCUGAAUAUUAUAAAAGAAGGGUCUAAAACCGGUGCAUGGUCAGCUAGGUAUAACAAUUUGGUACAAUGGCUUCAAAUUGAUUCUGACAAGCCUGUGAAGAUUACAGGAAUUGCUACACAGGGUCGUAGUGAUUAUAACCAAUGGGUUCGAUCAUACAAGCUGCAAUACAGUCUCGACGGUGGUYACUUUUAUAACUACAAUGAAGGAAAACCCCUUUCUGGAAACAAUGAUCGAAAUACGAUAGUUGGCCAUUUGCUUGUAAAGCCGUUCAUCGCUAAGCACAUCAGAGUCCGCCCUAUGUCAUGGUAUGGUCAUAUUUCCAUGAGGAUGGAAUUGUAUGGAUGCACAAAAGGAUUUCCUGUUCCACAAAUUCCUCCUUGUGGAGGAAUGAUACACCUUGGCGACUGGAUGAUGUCUGCAUCGACAGAAUGGAAUAGCAACCACGGUGCUUCCAACGCUAAACUUGAUUUCGUUGCUGGAGGAGGCAAAACAGGGGCCUGGUCUGCUAGACGAAACGACGUUAACCAGCAUCUGCAAGUUGGAUUUGAUCGGGAGAUGAAAGUCACUCGUAUUUCAAUCCAAGGUCGAUCCGACGCCAAUCAGUGGGUGAAGACGUUUGCUUUGGACUACAGUACAAACGGGGUUUCUUUCGUACCAUAUAAGGAAAGAGGCAUUGUUAAGGUCUUCCAUGGAAGUACUGAUCGAAACACUAUUGUAAGUCAUAAACUCGUYACACCAGUUGUUGGUCUUGCUAUUCGAUUUCGACCACGAACUUGGCAUGGUCACAUAUCUAUGCGUGUAGGAGUGUAUGGAUGUCCAACAG